AUGAGACUGCUCUUUCGUACAUCAGUUCUUUUUGUCUUGGGUCAACUACUCUACAAAACAGUGACUCAGCGAUGCGGAUCCGAGAUAUCCAUCUUCGGCUGGAUGUUACAGGGACAUAUCUACAGCACGAUGUUAGUAGACCUCCCGCAUACAUGCGUACAAGUUUGUCGCGAAGACGACCGAUGUCAAAGCUUUAACUGGGUGAUCUCUCUCCUCAAGUGCGAGUUUAGUAACAGAACUAAGGAAGCCAGACCUGAGGAUUUCAUUUCAGAUCCAGACAGAUUUUACUACAAACGUGAUAGGAACAGAGGUGAAAAACAGUUUCCAAUUCAUUAUAAAUAAUUGUGAUAACUGAUCAAUGCUGAUUAAGGUCGAAGCAAUGGUCUCUAAUCAGUUGAGUCAAAUUUGGACGACCACGUAUCGGGAGUUAAUAAAGAGAGACAGAAUUGCACGAAACGAAGUAGUGUCACGAAUUAAUCACAACGUAUAAUAAAAACAAAAUUUGUAAUAAUUUCAACUUUUUUCUAAAAAGUAACCCAUUCAAAAGCAACUGUCCCAAUAAAAGUGUACCGAAUGGUGCAUAUAAUGUACUGUCCAAUUACUUGAGCGCCAAUAUCAGGGCGACAGAUAACCAAUCAGUUUGGAGGAUUAUGUCAAGGCUGUGAGGAAGCUACUCUUCCUGAAGUGUGAUUUAGCCAACUGACUGUCUAUCAAAUAAUAAACGAAAUUAUACGUCUUGUUUCAGUACCUCUGGGUUCCAUUCCUGAACUACCGGCUGAAACCUGUUUAGAAAUAAAGAUGAGUGAAGGUCAUGCAAUCAGUCGAAAGUAUUGGUUUUCUUCCAUUCAAACUGGCACGUCUGUUCUUGCAUACUGUGAUAUGAAAACUGAAGGUGAGUUUUAA